AAACGCAAGAAGGCGCCACCAGCAAUCCGUAUCAACUUAAGCGGCUGCAAGUAUGAAGUAUUACGCAUCGUUCAACGCAAGCUGGGCUGGAAAGAGGUGGGAGACGACGAGGACUGGGAGAUCUAUUGGACCGAUACAUCAGUAAGCAUCGAGAGAAUCAUGAAGCUCACUAAAAUCCAGAAAAUCAACCACUUCAGCGGCAUGCUGGAGAUAUGCCGCAAGCGGGCCAUGGCGCGGAACCUUAUGAAAAUGGCGCGCCAGUUCCCGCAGCACUAUGAUUUCUUCCCGCGCACUUUCAUCCUGCCGGGCGACAGGGAGGAGUUUUUGGCGGACAUUCGCGCUCGCGGCAAGAAGCAGGUCUACAUCCUGAAGCCCGAUGCUGGCUGCCAGGGUCGGGGUAUCCGGCUGGUGCAAGGCGGCAAGGAGGAGAUGGCCACCCCCAACGUGGUGGCUCAGCACUACCUGUCCUCCCCGCUGCUCAUCCACGGCUACAAGUUCGACCUGCGCAUAUACGCGCUGGUGCUCAGCUGCGACCCGCUGCGCGUGUUUCUCUUUCAUGAAGGCCUCGCCAGGAUCUGCACGGAGAGGUAUUCCCCGCCCAAGGCCUCCAACCUGGAUGUCUCCUUCAUGCACCUAACCAACUACGCCGUGAACAAAAAGAACGAGGCGUUUGUGGCGGCGGUGGCGGCCAAUGCCGACGGCGGCGAGGACGCCAGCAAGUGGUGUUUGGCGCAGCUGCGAGCGUACCUGACAUCGCUAGGUCACAGCUAUGACAAGGUGUGGGGGGACAUCGGGGACUUGAUCAUCAAGUCGCUGUGCAGCGUGCAGCCCAUACUCAGGAACAACUACCGCUCCGUGCUGCCUCCGGACAACGACGGCUUCAGCUGCUUCGAGAUUUUGGGGUACGAUGUUAUGCUGGACGAUCAGCUGCGUCCCUGGCUGAUUGAGGUGAACCACUCUCCUUCGUUCAACAUUGACUCUCCAUUGGACCUGGCCAUCAAGGAAGAGCUCAUCACACAGACCAUCAAGCUGGUGCGUGUUUGUGCAUGU